CAUAGCAGUACGGCGGGUUGCGAGAGAGGAAAACGGGAGUCGAAAAGAAAGAAAAUCCUGGCAUCGGCUGGGGGGAUUUUAAAUUUUUAAAAUUAUUUUAUUGUGCUUAGCUGGCUAGCUGCUGAGGUGGCUAUUUUCCAUGGGGCACCAAUGAUGAGGAAGGCGCCGCGCUGCUGGAGUUGACGGACUGAACCAUGGCUCAGUUUCCCACACCCUUCGGAGGGGGCCUGGAUACUUGGGUCAUCUCUGUGGAUGAGCGGGCCAAACAUGACCAGCAGUUCCACAGCCUGACUCCCACGCCAGCUGGGUUCAUUACAGGUGACCAGGCCAGGAAUUUCUUCCUCCAGUCCGGUCUGCCCCCUCCCAUCCUCGCACAGAUAUGGGCUCUGGCAGACCUCAACAACGAUGGAAAAAUGGACAUCCACGAGUUCUCCAUCGCCAUGAAGCUGAUCAAGCUGAAGCUGCAGGGGCACCCUCUGCCCCCCUCGCUGCCCCCCGCCAUGAAGCAGCCGCCCCUCCCCCUGCCCCCGGCCCCGCCCUUCGGUAUGGCCCCAAUGCCCGGGAUGCCAGGUCUCCCGGGGCCGCCCCCUGUACCCCUGCCCGCCAUGCCGGGGGUGGGAAUGUCUCCCCCUCUCGUGUCAUCAGUGCCUCCUCCCGUGCCCCCCAUGGCCAACGGAGCGCCCGCCAUGAUUCAGCCCAUGACCGGAUUCACACACCCAGCCGCUGCCCUCAACAAAAGCUCCUCUUUCAACCGCUCCAGCACCAAACUGCAGAAGGGACAGUCCUUCGAAACGCCCACUGCCCCGGCAGCCCCCCCUCCGACAGACUGGGCCGUGCCGCAGUCCUCGCGGCUAAAGUACCGACAGCUCUUCAACAGCCACGACAAGAUGAUGAGCGGCCAUCUCACGGGACCACAAGCAAGAACCAUCCUCAUGCAGUCCAGUUUACCACAAGCCCAGCUGGCUUCUAUAUGGAACCUGUCGGACAUUGAUCAGGAUGGGAAGCUGACGGCAGAGGAGUUCAUUUUGGCUAUGCACCUGAUCGACAUGGCCAUGUCCGGCCUGCCUCUGCCGCCUGUUCUGCCCCCAGACUUCAUCCCGCCCACAUUCAGGAGAGUGCGCUCGGGCAGCGGGAUCUCGGUGGCCAGCCUGCACGUGGCCGACCAGUGGGUCUCGGAGGAGACCGAUGAGGAGGACUCGCAGAGCGCAGAAAAGAAGCUGCCAGUGACGUUCGAGGACAAAAAGCGGGAGAACUUCGAGCGGGGGAACCUGGAGCUGGAGAAGCGGCGGCAGGCCCUGCUGGAGCAGCAGAGGAAGGAGCAGGAGAGGCUGGCUGCGCUGGAGAGGCAGGAGCAGGAGAGGAAGGAGCGGGAGCGUCUGGAGCAGGAGAGACGCCGCCAGCAGGAGCUGGAGAGGCAGCUGGAGAAGCAGAGGGAGCUGGAGAGGCAGAGGGAGGAGGAGAGGCGCAGGGAGAUCGAGCGGAGAGAGGCGGCCAAGCGGGAGCUGGAGCGCCAGAGGCAGCUGGAGUGGGAGAGGAGCCGGCGGCAGGAGCUGCUCACCCAGAGGAACCGCGAGCAGGAGAACAUCGUGCUGCUCAAGGCCCGGAAGAAGACGCUGGAGUUCGAGCUGGAGGCCCUGAAUGACAAGAAGCAGCAGCUGGAGGGAAAGCUCCAGGACAUCCGCUUCCGCCUGUCCGCGCAGCGGCACGAGAUCGAGAGCACCAACAAGACCCGCGAGCUGCGCAUCGCCGAGAUCACCCACCUGCAGCGGCAGCUCCAGGAAUCGCAGCAGUGGCUGGGCCGUCUGAUCCCGGAGAAACAGUGUCUGAAUGACCAGCUGAAACAGGUCCAGCAGAACAGCCUUCACAGAGACUCCCUGGCGACCCUGCGCAAAGCCCUGGAGUCGAAGGAGUCAACCCGGCAGCGGCUCCGUGAGCAGCUGGACACGGUGGAGCGGGAGACGCGGUCCAAACUGCUGGAGAUCGACGCCUUCAACAACCAGCUCAAGUCAGAGAGCCUGGUGGACGAAGCGCUGUUGGACUGUCUGUGCUCUCUCCUGGACUGUUUGCAGCAUUUAGACUCCUACCUAAAGGAGCUGAGGGAGAUCCACAACAAGCAGCAGAGGCAGAAGCAGAAGGAUUUGGAAGUGGAGAUUCAGGGGCAGGAGCAGGACGUGAAGGCCACAGACCUGCAGGAGGGCCGCCUGGAACCCGUGAAGGAUGGGGUGCCAGGUGCGUGGAGGGACGAGGGGAGGGUGGAGCCCCCCACCCCGCCCCCGCAGCCCUGGAUGACGCGGGUGUCGGAGGAGGACGGCCGGAGCAAGAAGGACAUGCAGGACAAGCUGAACAAGCUGCUGAUGCAGCAGGCAGAGCUGGGGAAGGGGGCGUCCCAGCCGCCGUGGCCCACAGGGGAGAAGAUUCCAGUGUCAGGGUUUAACCAGGACAAGGUGAAGGUGGUCUUUUACAGGGCGCUGUACCCCUUCGACGCCCGCAGCCAUGACGAGAUCACCAUCCAGCCCGGGGACAUCAUCAUGGUGAAAGGGGAGUGGGUUGACGAGUCACAGACGGGCGAGCCCGGUUGGCUGGGCGGAGAGCUGAAGGGGAAGACGGGCUGGUUCCCCGCCAACUACGCAGAGAAGAUUCCGGAAGCGGAGGUGCCCGUCAGCCUGCGAGCGGCAGCCAGCUCGGGCUCCGUCCCCAAACUGGCCGCCCGCAUCACGCCCACGUCCACUGCCACCGCCGCCGCCGCCGCCGUCACCGCGCCCUCUCCCGUGCAGCCCCCGCCUUCCGAGGGCGUGGCCUCCACCCCGCCAGUCACCUCCGCGGCCCCUCCCACUGCCACCGCACCUGCUUCCACAUCGUCAUCCUCCUCCAGUAACUGGGCGGACUUCAGUACCACGUGGCCGUCCAACGCAGCAGAGAAGCCAGAGGCGGAUGGCUGGGACGCCUGGCCCACACAGCCCUCCCUGUCGGUGCCCAGCGCGGGGCAGCUGCGCCAGCGCUCCGCCUUCACCCCCGCCACCCUCACAGGCUCCUCGCCCUCGCCUGUCCUGGGACAGGGCGAGAGGGUGGAGGGUCUCCAGGCCCAGGCGCUCUAUCCCUGGCGGGCGAAGAAGGACAACCACCUGAACUUCAAUAAGAGCGACCUGAUCACAGUGCUGGAGCAGCAGGACAUGUGGUGGUUCGGGGAGGUGCAGGGCCAGCGGGGAUGGUUCCCCAAAUCCUACGUCAAACUCAUCUCAGGCCCCGUGCGCAAGUCUAUGAGCAUUGAGUCGGGGUCGUCUGAAAGCCCCCCCAGUGUGAAGAGACCCACCCCCUCUCCCAGCAAGCCUAUGGAGCCAGGGGAAGAGUACAUCGCGAUGUACACGUACGAGAGCAGUGAGCAGGGCGACCUGACGUUCCAGCAGGGGGAUGUGAUCGCGGUCACGAAAAAGGAGGGGGACUGGUGGACGGGCGUGGUGGGGGACAAGACGGGCGUCUUCCCUUCAAAUUACGUCAAACCCAAGGACUCCGAGGGCCUGGGGCCGGCUGGGAAGACGGGGAGUCUGGGAAAGAAGCCGGAGAUCGCCCAGGUGAUCGCCCCCUACAGUGCCACAGGGGCGGAGCAGCUGACCCUUGCGCCCGGGCAGCUUAUCCUCAUCAGGAAGAAGAACCCGGGAGGCUGGUGGGAGGGGGAGCUGCAGGCUAGAGGGAAGAAGCGUCAGAUAGGCUGGUUUCCCGCCAACUACGUGAAGCUGCUGAGUCCCAGCACCAAUAAGUCGACGCCGACGGAGCCCACGCCUCCUAAAGCAGUGGUGCCCAGCGCAGUGUGCCAGGUGAUCGGCAUGUACGACUACAUCGCGCAGAACGACGACGAGCUGCCUUUCGGGAAGGGCCAGGUCAUCAACGUGCUGAGCAGGGAGGACCCCGACUGGUGGAAGGGGGAGCUGAACGGCUCCGUGGGCCUCUUCCCCUCCAACUACGUCAAGCUGACCACCGACACGGACCCCAGCCAGCAAUGGUGCGCCGACCUGCACCUCUUGGAGAUGCUGACCCCCAUGGAGAGGAAACGGCAGGGGUACACCCACGAGCUCAUUGCCACUGAGGAGAACUACGUCAACGACCUGCAACUCGUCACUGAGGUCUUUCAGAAGCCGCUGCUGGAGUCAGAGCUGCUGACUGAGAAGGAGGUGGCCAUGAUCUUCGUCAACUGGAAGGAGCUCAUUAUGUGCAACAUCAAGCUGCUCAAGGCCCUGCGGGUGAGGAAGAAGAUGUCGGGCGAGCGCAUGCCGGUGAAGAUGAUCGGCGACAUCCUGACGGCGCAGCUGCCCCACAUGCAGCCCUACAUCCGCUUCUGCAGCUGCCAGCUCAACGGCGCCACCUUAAUCCAACAGAAGACCGACGAGGUGCCCGACUUCAAGGAGUUCGUCAAGAGGUUAGCCAUGGACCCGCGCUGUAAGGGCAUGCCACUGUCCAGCUUCCUACUCAAGCCCAUGCAGAGGGUCACCCGCUACCCCCUCCUCAUCAAGAACAUCCUGGAGAACACCCCCGAGAGCCACCCGGACCACAGCCACCUGAAGCAGGCCCUGGAGAAGGCCGAGGAGCUGUGCUCACAGGUCAACGAGGGUGUGAGGGAGAAGGAGAACUCAGACCGGCUGGAGUGGAUUCAGGCCCACGUCCAGUGUGAGGGGCUGUCUGAGCAACUGGUGUUCAACUCCGUGACCAACUGCCUGGGCCCACGCAAGUUCCUGCACAGUGGCAAGCUCUACAAGGCCAAGAGCAGCAAGGAGCUGUACGGCUUCCUGUUCAACGACUUCCUGCUGCUCACGCAGAUCAUCAAGCCCCUGGGCUCCUCGGGCUCCGAGAAGGUCUUCAGCCCCAAGUCCCACCUGCAGUACAGGAUGUAUAAGACGCCCAUAUUCCUGAACGAGGUGCUGGUGAAGCUCCCCACGGACCCCUCGGGGGACGAGCCCAUCUUCCACAUCUCGCAUAUUGACAGAGUUUACACGCUGAGGGCGGAGAGCAUCAGCGAGAGGACAGCCUGGGUGCAGAAGAUCAAGGCUGCCUCUGAGCUUUACAUCGAGACCGAGAAGAGGAAGCGGGAGAAGGCGUACCUGGUACGGUCACAGAGGGCCACUGGCAUUGGCCGGCUGAUGGUAAACAUCGUAGAGGGCAUCGAACUAAAGCCCUGUCGCUCUCACGGGAAGAGUAACCCAUAUUGUGAGGUAACAAUGGGCUCUCAGUGCCACAUCACCAAGACCCUACAAGAUACACUGAACCCCAAGUGGAACUCCAACUGUCAGUUCUUCAUUAAAGACCUGGAACAGGAUGUCCUGUGUGUGACGGUGUUCGAGAGGGACCAGUUUUCCCCUGAUGACUUCCUGGGCAGGACGGAGAUCCGGCUGGCAGACAUUAAGAAGGACCAGGGUUCGAAAGGCCCAAUCACGAAGCGGCUCCUCCUGCACGAGGUUCCGACCGGCGAGAUAGUGGUGCGGCUGGACCUGCAGCUCUUCGACGAGCCGUAGACCUGGCUCUCCUGGAUCGGCUCCUGCUGGCUCCGGCUCCCUGACGCUCCCAUUUGGAUUCUCAAACACUCCAACUCCCCACCACAGUGUUCUGAAUCUCCGAUGUACUGAUCCCCACUAGCAGCACCUCCUGUGCGUGUGUGUGCCCGCGUGCGUCUAUGUGCGUGUGCAUGUGAGAGAGUGUCUGUCUGU